AUGACACCGCCUACCGUCCUCGUUGGCACGCCCCAUGUUCAGGAGGGGCCCUAUGAUUCCCAGCAGGACACUCUCAUAUGCGGCUAUUCUAUUCUAAAGAGUCAUGGAGUUGAGAUUACAAGCAGCUCUCCCCUCGAUGAAAUUCCACUCUCCCCACCCAACAGAAGCACACAACUUCGCAGUCACAAAGCAAACGCUGCCGGUGUCUUGCGCCGCUUCGAGACAAUGACGUCGAGGGGCAUGUGGGAGUACAAUGAGAUGCGCGCAGCUGCUUUUUUCGACGUGGCGGACACGAGCCAGCCAAGCUCUCUGCCCGAUACUGAGCGCUUCUCAGGACUCCGCGAUGAGAAUGAAGCCCCGAUGGACGAUGGGUUUCCUAACCCAGAAAAGUUCCAUAUACAUCACAGUUCCUCUCUCCGCAGUUCACAUGCUGCCACACAGAGAAAAAUAAUGGAUUCGACCCAGGAGUUGACCCAGCCAAACACGGACAGAAGUUAUGAAGAGCGUCUGCGUCGCCCAUCUCCAAGUUGCGAAUCGACCUUUCGACUUCCGCAUUCUGCAGAAGCUCCCACUAGCCCGAUAAGGAACGCAGCGCUGGAGGAAGAUGGUACGGGGGUGGUUCAAUUCGACUUCGCCAGGUUUGGAGAGACAGACGAGACCGUCUCUCCUGCCCAAGAUGACUCUGGUUUCGUCGAUCUCGGUGGUCCUGCCCACCUAAGGUGUACCGACCCCCAAAGUGCAACUCAGUCGCCAUCCGCGCCCAUACGAUUUCCAGAAACCCCUCUUGGGCCCCAGAAUCCGUUCCGGAACAGUCGCUCUCAGUUGCUCCCUAUGUCGCAGCUCUUCCAGGCGACACAGUUUACAUCGCCCGCAAAGAUCGCCAGUCCGACUUCAUCGCGGCCGUCGCCUGCCGAUUUUCCCGCCCACGCGAUCUCUUCCAAUCCACCGAUUUCUUCGCCCCUAAAAGCUCGUGGCCUGCGUUCAUCACCUCCCCAGAAUGCUGCCUCGAGCCCCCAAGUCCUUCCUGGCACUACUUCGCCGCGCGCCAAUGAGAAAGUUAACAGCCCAUCCCCGUCCUCCACGCAAAACCCCGUGGUACCAGAGUCUCCUCAUGAUGCCUUUCCCAGGAAAAAGGGAACUCCAGAGCCCAUGAGCACAUGUGAGCCCGUGGUAAGAUCUCAGGAGGAAUGGUUGAUCGCUGAAGCACCAACGAACCCCAUUGCGUCUGAUGAGGACGACGUUGUCUACGAUUCAUAUGCGAAAAAGAGGAUGAUUCAGGCCAAGAAGGAUGCUGCCCUUAAGCAGUUGUCCGCCAUCAGCAUUACCCGUCCGCGCAAGAGGGAUGAUGAUGUCGAGGUGCCUGCGACAAGCCUGCGCAAAAAAAACAGUCCAGCCGAUUCCAAGAAGUCACGGUCUCGCCGGAAGGCCGUGGAAAAGAGUGAUAAUAAAACCCCAGCUAAUGGAAAGGAAACUCGGGAGGACUGUCCGCUACGUGCACACAAAGUCGCAAAUGAAGAUGACGCCACUCAGUCAAACGCAGAAGAAGAGCCAGAAAUCGUGACUGAGUCAGUACCGUCAAGCACGGCUGCUGUGCUGCCAAGGUCCUCGAAGUCAACAACCCGCCUUCCAAUUGGAUCUGGUAAGCUCGCGUCUAAUGGAGGAGCCAUUCCGGAGACAAGCCCAGCUGGGACGCAUAUCGAUCCCCGUCAAGGAGGGCCGUCUGUCUCCUCUCCGACAUUAAAAGACGGUCUAGCCCCUAAUCACAAGUCCUCCCCACCAGCCCUGGAUACGGAGAUAAGACAUACUGCAGCCGAGGAUGCGACGUCCAUCCCAACGGUCAACCCUAGAAAUUCGGAAACCACACCUCAUCCUCCCUCUAGUGAUGGCCCAUCUGCCCUUACCCAGGCAACAGCCUCUCCCACACGCUCUACUGGCGUCGCUAGUUCCUCUCCUGUCGUCGUUCAGCGAAGGCGACGUGAGGCGCGCAAGAAAGCUCCAGCUCCUCAAAGUGUGUCGUCUGAAAAGCUCAGGCGCUCUGUUCGGUCGACUCGACUGUCUUCAGAAUCGACAGAUGAGCUCACCAGACCUUCAGCGGUGCCCACCUUUGAACAAAGCGUGCGCACCAGUCGGCUAGAUGCGGUCAAAUCGGGGCCUGGUGUCGAGCGCGUGAAGCCAACUCAGCCUCACAAAGAUCGAGGGCUCUUCGAGGGCAUGGCGUUUGCGAUAUCAUUCCAAUCCAAGAAGCCAGGGGAGACCAGUGAGCAAUACAAUACCCGAAUGGAACUGUCGACGUCGAUCCAGAAGCGAAUCAAACAAGCUGGCGGCAGAAUUUUGGAGAAUGGCUUUGACGAACUCUUCGAGCCAGUACCGUUAAUAGCAUCAACCAGUUCUGGCUCUGGUUCGAGCUCCGAGCCUAAUCUAACCCUAACCGCCGAGGGCAACUCCACCGGCUUCACAGCCCUCAUUGCAGAUGGCCACUCCCGUAAAGUCAAGUACAUGCAAGCCCUCGCCCUCGGUCUACCCUGCAUCGCAGUUCGCUGGGUAACUACCUGUCUCGACCGAGGCACGCUCGUCGACUGGGCGCCCUACCUCCUCUGUGCCGGACAGUCCUCUUUCCUCGGCGACGCCAUCCGAUCUCGCACUCUUGUCCCAUACGACACGGCCACGGCCCGCUUGUCCACGGUCAUUGCUCAGCGGGACAAGUUGUUGGAUGGAAGCCGCAUCUUGGCGGUGGUGAAGAAGUCGCAGGAGAGCAAGAAGUCAGCGUAUGUGUUUUUGGCGAAGGUCCUUGGUGCGUCGUUGCGACGCGUGUAUACCCUGGAUGAGGCGAGGGUGGAGAUGAAAGCGGCCGAGGAGGCGGGUACACCGUAUGAUUGGGUGUAUGUGGAUGGGAAGCAGGAUGAGGAGGCGUUGUUUUCGGGAGAGGUUUCUGCAGCUGCGGGGGCGGCUGCUACUACUGGGAACUCACGCGGCGGCAAGAAGAGGAAGAGGGCUUCAGCAGCGUCCUCGGUCAUCAGCAGCACUGUUACGGAGAGACCGCCGAAAAGAAUCAGAGCGUUGAGUGAUGAGCUGGUGAUUCAAAGUCUGAUUUUGGGGAGGAUUAUUGAGGAAGGGGAGUUGGUGGAGUAA